GCUCCGCGCGCCGAGAGCGCACGACAACUUGGAGAAACCGCUCCUCUAAUAUCUAAGAGCGUUUUUUUCUAAUGGAUAUAUGAAAAUGUAGCUAUAUCUCAUCUCAUCUCGCUCUCUCUUUUUAAUUUUUUUUCUUGAAUGAGCAUGACUGUUACUCUUUCUGUGACUGAUUUGACUUAAGCCAUUUUUGAGAAAGCGAAAUGGAAACGUUUACCAUCCAUGAUGUGCUAAUAAAUUCCACCGAUCUGAACAAGAUUUUGUGCAAUUUUGGGAUCAAGAAUGUCUCCGAGUGUGAGCGCGAAGAAAAGUUGUCUCCCGAGGCUAAAGAUAUCAACCAGACAGUCCGGAUUGUCCUUUACAGUCUCAUCUUCCUCCUCAGUGUCCUGGGCAACAGUCUCAUCAUUGCUGUCUUAGUGAGAAACCGACGCAUGAGGACGGUUACCAACCUGUUCCUGCUAUCCCUGUCCAUCAGUGACCUUAUGGUCUCCCUGGUGUGCAUUCCCUUCACUCUCAUCCCCAACCUCAUGAGGGAUUUCAUCUUCGGCAUCGGCAUAUGCAAGCUGGUCAUGUACUUCAUGGGCGUCUCAGUAAGUGUGUCUACCUUCAACCUGGUGGCCAUCUCCCUGGAGCGCUACAGUGCCAUCUGUAAUCCGUUGACUUCCAGGGCAUGGCAGACCAAAUCCCAUGCUGCCAAGGUCAUCACCGCCACCUGGGUAGCAUCCUUUGUACUGAUGCUCCCCUACCCCAUUUUUAGCACUCUGAAGUCCUUCACCCGCCUCAACAACAGCACCGGACACAUGUGCCGCCUGGUGUGGCCAAAUGACGUCAUCCAACAGUCCUGGUAUGUGUCUCUGCUGUUGCUGCUCUUUCUGAUCCCUGGCAUCGUGAUGAUGACAGCCUAUGGACUCAUCUCCUUGGAGCUCUACCGUGGUAUCAAAUUUGAGCUGUCCAACAGGAAAUCUAGCAGAGACAGACAAUCCAGCACUGGCAGCAUCAAGCCAGGCGACAGUGAUGGCUGCUAUCUACAGCCAUCUAAAAGGAAGAGCUUGACAGCGACAAGCAGCACUGCCAGCUCCAGCAGCAACCCCACAGUGGGGCGAGUGUGUGGCAACAGCUCCACAUCCAACCUGAUGGCCAAGAAGCGUGUGAUCCGCAUGCUCCUGGUCAUCGUCUUCCUCUUUUUCCUGUGCUGGACUCCCAUCUUCGUGGUGAACGCUUGGCAGGCUUUUGACCGGCGCUCAGCCUAUCGUCUCACCGGCGCUCCCAUCUCCUUCAUCCACCUGUUGUCCUACACAUCAGCUUGCGUCAACCCCAUCAUUUACUGCUUCAUGAACAAGCGCUUCCGCCAAGGCAUGUUAUCCACUUUCACUUGCUGCAGCUGUUUCAGGAGGAUCAACAGAAGGAGCAGUGGCUCAGGGAGGUCAGUUGGAAGCAGAAUCACUAAAGUGGAAGCAGGAAGCUUGAGAUCAGGGCCAAAAACCCAAGAGCAGAAUGGUCAUACUUCUCCAAGUGGAGCCAGCACACGCUUCACCUACAGUAGCAUCCGUGCAUCUGCCUGGAGUGAGCUGACGUAACAUGGACUGAUAUGUCUGCAUGUAGGAGAGCUGGCCAUUUUACAGACACAUGAAGGGAAUCCAUGGCGUGUUAUACAGCCCUCACAGUGCUUAUAGGAACUCGUUUAUGAGCAGCUAUGUUGCUUUAACUAAGUGUGUCAUGACUGUGGAGCGAUACUGUUGUACAUUUAGUGCUCUCACAUCAAACACGUCCAAACUUUCUAUGUAUAGACUACUAAGUGAUGUCUUAUACUGUACAACUUGAGGAACCAAAAGUCUGACAUGAAGUGUUUUAAAGCAGCAAACCACUUUUUAUAUAAUUUUCCAUUUACUCCCUUUUCAUAGAUUUCAUACCACAUUGCAGUUAAGAAUAAAUUAUACAACCACCAGGUAAUACAACAGCUAACACAAUUUUAAAAAUACAAUUAUUUAUAUAUAUAAAAAAAGAAUAUAGUUUCUAACUUAUUAUCUAAUAUAAAGGUAACACCAGAGUUUAAAACUUCAUAACUCACUUUGCUACAUCUCUUUGUCUGCCUAUGAUAUUCUGACUGUAAGCCUUGGAAGUUUUGUGCUUAAUUAAU